AAAACAUUCUUGACUCUUUGAGAAUUCCUUUUUUCUCCCCUGUUUCAUUUUUAAAGCCAAAACCUCAUAGUUAGCAGAACAAGUAUUAUAUCCAUGGAUGAGUCCAGAAUUAGAGAACUAAAGUACUUUGUUGAUGCCUACCAAUCAGACCCUUCAAUCCUUCACAUUCCAUCACUUUCUUUCUUCAGAACUUUUCUUCAAAGCUUAGGUGCCAAAAUCCCACCUGCAGGUGCCGAAAAUGGACACGCAUUCAAUGAGGACAUUGUUGAGUCUGACCUCGAGUUAGAUGAUUCUGAUGUUGUAAAACCUGACAAUGACCCUCCACAAGAGAUGGGAGAUCUCUCAGUUGAAGUUACUGAUGAAAAUCGUGAUAUUGCACAAACUUUGAAGUCAAAAGCUAACAUGGCUAUCUCGGAAGGUAAACUGAAUGAAGCUAUAGAUCACUUAACUGAAGCUAUUAUCCUGAAUCCAAGCUCCGCUAUAUUGUAUGCAACAAGAGCUAGUGUAUUUGUAAAACUGAGAAAACCAAAUGCUGCGAUUCGAGAUGCUGAUGCUGCUUUAAAGAUUAAUCCUGACUCUGCAAAAGGCUAUAAAACGCGGGGGAUGGCUAAGGCCAUGCUUGGUCUUUGGGAAGAUGCAGCACGUGAUUUGGGUGUAGCUUCAACUGUAGAUUAUGACGAGGAGAUCGGUUUACUUCUUAAAAAGAUUGACCCUAAUGUCCAAAAGAUCAGAGAGCAUCGUAGGAAAUACGAAAGAUUAAGAAAAGAAAGGAAAAAUAGACCAACUGAACGUCAGAGACCAAAAACACCAGCUGAAACCAAGGACGCGAAUGCUUCGGCUCAAACAUAUGGUGAAGUAGUUGCCAUUCAUAAAGCAAGUGAGUUGGAAACAAGGUUAAGCAGCUCAUCGAAGGCAAACCAACUAGCCAUUUUGUACUUCACGGCUACAUGGUGUGGACCAUGCCGGUUCAUGGCUCCUCUUUAUACAAACUUAGCAGCCAAGUACCCUAAAGUGUUGUUCUUAAAAAUUGACAUUGAUGAAGUAAGAGAUGUGGCGGCACAGUGGAAUAUUAGCAGCGUCCCAUCAUUCUUUUUCACAAAGAAAGGAAAGGAGAUCGACAAAGUGGUUGGGGCCGACAAAACUUCACUUGAAACAAAGAUUGCCCAGUAUGCAGCUUGAGCUAUACUUCUAAUCAGUUUGUGUACAAAACUUCCAUUGUGUUUGUUUUCUUCUUUUUAAGUAGUUUUUUGGACCACAUAACUUACAACUUACAUGUUUAUGUCGGAUAAUAAUGAGAGUUUGUUGAGAUUAUGAAUAAAUUGCAUUGUGGAUGUUUA